AUGACCACCGCACUUGCAUCCGCCCCUCCUCCAUCAUCCCUUCCACCAGCCCAACGACUCCUUCACGAACUCGGUUUGAUCUCACUAUGGAAUACCGGUCCAGACUCAUGGCUGGUCCUGAUCUCACGUACAACGCGGAUGUUCGCCUAUGGCUCCAACGGUAUCUUCAUCGCUUUAUUCUUCUCGUCAUUGGGAUUCUCCGAUUUUCGGAUAGGCGCAUUCAUGACUUUAACCCUUCUAGGAGAUGUCAUCUUGACGGUCAUCCUUACGCUCAUUGCAGAUAGGAUUGGACGUCGGAACAUUUUACUAUUUGGUAGUCUAAUGAUGGUAUUAUCUGGAUUUACUUUCAUCUACUUUGAGAAUUACUGGAUACUAUUAUUAGCUUCGGUGGUAGGAAUAAUCAGUGCGACAGGAGGAGAUUUCGGACCAUUUAGAGCUAUAGAAGAAUCAAUCUUAUCGCAUACUACCGCUGGAAGCUCAAAGACAAGAAGUGAUGUCCUAUCAUGGUAUGUCGUCACUUCGGCUUUAGGAUCGGCAGUAGGGACGGAAAUUUCUGGGAAAGUGGUGAAUUGGUUAAGCAAGAAGGAAGGUUGGACCGAUGUCAGAGCAUAUCAUGUGAUGUUUUGGCUAUAUGUUCUGAAUGGAGGGAUCGGGGCGAUAUGUGUGUUAUUGAUGAGUGACAAGACGGAGCUGGCUAGCUCGGGCAGCACCAAGCAACUAGAAGAUGGAGAGAGGGAACUGGAAGAACAAGAAAGGUUGUUAGAAGGGGAAGAAGGAGGAGGUCGAUUGUCCACCUCGACUGUCGAGCAUAUCGCAUUGACUUCUUCUUCAAACGCCAAUACGAAUACCGACGUCAAACCUGAGGCUCCAACAAGCUCAAAAUGGUCUUCGAAAUUCUCUCAGAUCAGUCCUCAAACCCGAGCAGUCAUGUACAAGCUCUGGCCAUUACUUGCUGUCGAUUCCCUUGCAGACGGUAUGGUAGGAUACGCUUUGACUACGUACUAUCUCGCCCAGAAAUUCCAAUUAUCCAACGCGACCUUGGGUGAUAUCACCAGUAUAUCAUAUUUCCUCGCUGCUAUAUCAUCCAUCGCAGCGGGACCACUGGCCAAUCACUUAGGAUUGAUCAAUACGAUGGUGUUCACACAUGUUCCAUCGUCAACUGCUGUUCUCCUAUUUCCAGCUCCUGACUCCCUAGCUUUGACAAUAAUCCUCUUUUUCAUUCGAACUGGCUUGAACAAUAUGGAUCAAGCACCUCGAGCGGCAUUUAUAGCUGCUGUAGUACCUUCGGACGAAUUGACAGCGGUCAACGGUAUAACCAGUACUAUCAGAACAUUAGCGUCGACUGCUGGACCUACCAUUACGGGAUGGCUGGCGGGAGGUGAGAAGUUCUGGAUAGCUUAUGUGGCCGCGGGAAGUUUACGAUUGGCAUAUGAUUUUGGAUUAUGGGCGUUGUUUGUGGGGAUGAAGUUAAAUCAGCAGGGUGGGAGGGACUAG